AUGCACACGAAGCAGCAGAAACUCAAAGAGCAGCGGGAUGUGAGUCGCGGGCGUGAGCGUUUGUUCGACGUUGGUGAUAAAGUGUUCGUGAAAACUGUGCGCGGUGAGUGUGCCUCGUGGGAGGAAGGUGUGGUGCGUCAGGUUGUGAGUGCUGUGACAUACGUGGUGAAAGUGCGCGAACAACUUCGGUUUACGCAUGCCGAUCACCUGCGACCACGCCAUGCGGACCCGACACCAAGCCUGAAUCCCAAGUCCGGACUCGGAUACCCUUUAACGCCGCACAGCGACGUCACAGAGGAGAAAUCACCGGCCGCAGGAAACUCAGCCAGAACUUCCGUUCCAGAUAAACUGGUGGCUACUGAUCCGACGCCUCCUGUUCAACAGCCUAUCCCACCUGUCAACGUGAACUGCCCGACAGAGCUAGCAGCUCCGACGUCACAAACGGAGCCACGGUCAGCUUCGCCGUCAGCGGAAAGCCAACCGUUACGGCGCAGCACACGAACCCGCAAACCACCGGAUCGUUUCUAG